AUGCCCUUUUCUGUAGUGUUCCUUAUGUACACAUGGGUUUUCACCUCAUUACUUAUGGGUCUCAAAACACCAUCUCUACCAUGUGUUUUCCCAUUUUUUUAUGAGGGAAAAUAUUAUCCUUCGUGUACCACAGAUGGUUCCAGCAACGAUAUAUCCUGGUGUGCAUUAACUGAUAACUAUGAUGAAAAACGCCUGUGGAAACAAUGUGCUGUUACUGAGUAUGGAGGCAAUUCAGGAGGAAAACCCUGUGUCUUCCCCUUUCUUUAUAUGAGUCAUGUUUACUACACCUGUGCAGGCAAAUCUGACCGUAAAGGACCAUUCUGGUGUUCUACAACAGGGGACUAUGAUAAGGAUAAGAAAUGGAGCUACUGUGCUGAUACCAGACUUGAUGCAAAUUAUCCUACUAGUCCAUGCAUCUUUCCUUUUAUCUUUGAAAAUAAUCUUUAUUCAACUUGUACAAUAGAUGGAAGAUCUGACGGAAGGCUUUGGUGUUCUAUUUCAAGUAAUUUUGAUUUUGAGCCUAUGUGGACAUACUGUGAGCCUUCAGAUCCUGCCCCUUGCAGUUUUCCCUUCAUAUACAGGAACAAAUCCUAUUAUUCCUGCACCACAGAGGGGGCUUUAUACAAUCAGCUAUGGUGUGCCACAACCCCAAACUAUGAUAAUGACAGCAAGUGGAAAUCAUGCUCCUUUCAAGAAUAUGGUGGGAACUCCAAUGGCCAGCCUUGUGUCUUCCCUUUCAACUAUAAAGGAGAGGAAGUUACCACUUGCAUUGAUGAGGAUGAGAAGAAUGAGAAGAAUGGGAGAUUUUGGUGUGCCACUACAGAGAAUUUUGAUGUGGACAUGAAAUGGAGUUUCUGUGCUGAUACACGUUUAAACAAGAAAAAAGAUAUGCAAUCAAAAGAGCCUUGUUUUUUCCCUUUUGCUUACAAAAAAAAGCUUUACUCAGAGUGUACAACUGAUGGUACCUCAGGCUGGAAACUCUGGUGCUCCCUCACUGCCAAUUAUAAUACAGAUCACAAGUGGAGGUACUGUGAGCCUUCAGGUGUAAGAAAAGCCCUGUUAGACAGGCCAGUGGGCCAGUCAGUCCAACAAUCUGAUCUGAUCACAUAA